GCUAGAGUUACACUCACAGGAAAAGCCAUGUGAAUGAAUGAAUGAAUCGAAAGGUAGCCCGUAUAUUUUAAACUGACCGACACAAAUAAAAGCUGAGUGUGAUACUGAGUGGUGCCAUUAAUACAGCCAGCAGUCAAGACAGUAAAUCUACGAUUAGACGCCAGCCAUCAUGGUGGAUGCUGUACCUAUCAUCGAUUUCUCAGCUUACAGUUUGGAUCGUGAGAGUCCAGAUCCUGAAGGAUUCCAGAAACUCAUUGAUGAUGUUCAUCAAGCUCUUACUACCAUCGGUUUCAUGUACCUCAAGAACUUCGGAGUUCCGGCUCAAAAGAUCAAAGAUGCUUUUUCCUAUUCAAAGGAGUUCUUUUUCUUGCCUCUGGAGACUAAGAUGAAAUGUGUGAGGCCAGAAAACACAAACCACGGAUACGUCCAAUUGGAACGAGAAGGGUUGAACCCGGACAGGCCUUUUAAGGAUCUGAAGGAAGCGUUCAACCUCAGCACGGCAUCAGACAAGAUGCCUUUCCCAGACGAGGAGUUGCCGGAGUUCCGAACGUCCUUGUCAGACCUCUUCGAAUCUUUUGUUCCUCUUCAUAACAGAGUGCUUGAGGUCAUGGCUAGGGGACUCAACCUUGAGGACCCGCAAUACUUUGUUGACAGACAUAAGUUAAUCGGAACCAAACAUAGCCAGUCAACACUCCGGACCCUCUACUACCCCUCCCUGGCAAACAUGGAGGUGAAAGAGGACCAGGUCCGAUGCGGGGAGCACACGGACUACGGUGGGAUAACUCUGCUGUUCCAGGACUCACAGGCUGGUCUUGAGGUGAGAAACGUGGAAGACAAAUGGAUCCCUGCUACCCCAAUAGAAGGCACUGUGGUCGUCAACAUCGGUGACCUCAUGCAAAGAUGGACUUCGGACAAACUCAUCGCCUCGAAACACCGAGUGAUGAUUCCACUGGAUCAAAUCAAGAGACAGCAGGAUCGCCAGUCGAUGGCGUUUUUCGGCCAUCCCGACAACGAAGCGGUCAUCGAGUGCAUCGACCAUUCCAACAAGUACUCGCCGACCACAGGCUUGGCCUACAUCAAUAUGAGGUUCGCGGCGACGUACAAAGAUGCUACCAAACUCCAGACUUACUGAAGGAGGAGCAAGUAUGCAGAAUGUAAGGCGAGGCGUCAAAAAUA